AAAACCAUAAACCAAAACCGACCAAACGAAAUGAAAGUUCACCACCGCCACAUGUCCGCCAUAUCUACUACAUCUUCUUUCCAAUAGUGACAUUCGUAUUAUUUUGUGUUUAUACCUCUGUUGCGUAAAUAUUUGUUGUAUAAUUUAAUUAUUCUUUAGUUUAUUUGCUAGACGGCCCUGGCGGCGGAAAACACCAUGGAAUCCCCAAGAAAAUUUAACGAUUGUUAUUUCUACUAUUAUUCUACAUGCACUAAGGGGGACAACUGUGUGUUCCGCCAUGAGCCGUCAGCUCUGGGCUGCGAAACAAUGUGCACUGCUUGGCAACAGGGCAAGUGUCUUGACAAACGCUGCAAACUUCGCCACAUGGAACUUAGGAAAAAUCGCAAGCAGAUACCAUGUUACUGGGAGAACCAACCUGGUGGCUGUCGCAAGAAGCACUGCCCAUUUAUGCACAAGAACCCAGAUGCGCGCACCGACGGCAUUGCGCCUAGCCAGCCCGCACCACCUGCAUCGGCCGGUCCGCAGGCGGUGGGCGGCGCGGCGGAGGUGACGGCGGAGGUGCUGGCGGGCGCUCCGCUGGCGGCCGCGCCCGCGCCCGUGCCCGUGCCCGCGCCCGCGCCCGCGCCCGCGCCUGUGCCGCUACUGUGGCCGCAGCAGAGACAAGACUCGGCCAUCCUGGGCGUGCUGCCGUCGGCGGAGCUGCUGGGGCGGCGCGUGCUGGCGCCCCACCCGCACCCCCACGCGCACGCGCACCCGCACCCCCACGAGCCCGCGCCCAACCCCUACGCCCCCCUGCCCGUCGACCCCCUCGUCGUCAACUUCGAGGAAGAGUCGGACAAUGAAAGCGCUCCUUCCUCAACACCCACUAAAACGGUGUCCCCGGACGACGCACAGCGAAUCGCUCGCACCAAAUCACAAGAGCUGCUUUUGCUUGAGAAAAUACAAGCCGAGGCAGCCGCCUUCUACAGUUAUGACGCGUUACCGCCCGCGGAAUCUGCUAAAGAGCGCAAAAUAGUGAGGACCAACUUGAAUACGAAAUAUGAUAAACUGUCACUUGACGAGAUUUCAGGUAAAAAACAAUCUACCGAAAGACGAAACUCGUUAGACUUCAAGGUGCUGUCUUUGGAUGAAAUUAGAGCUAGGAAGAAAAAUGAAACGAUUAUACAUACAACCCCUAUUACUUUAAAUUUGAGUCGGAAACGUAGAUUAUCAACGCAAGAGGCUAUCACGACAUCAGGCAAUAAAAUAAUAAAAGUUGUUAGUAGUAACUCUAUAGUGUAUAAGAAAGUAGAUAAAACCGCACCAGCCCCGUCUAGUCAAUCAAAAACAGAACAGAAACAAACGGAAGAAAGUGUAAGCAGAAAGCGAACUCUUUCAGAAAUCAGUGACAUCUAUGAUAUACAAGAUGACGAACUAGAUGAUAACUUUCACGAGUUCAAAAGAAUUAAAAUUACCGAACAAACCUCGAAACCUAGACUUAUUAGAAAUAGGCAUAGUACUCAAAGUAGAUCAGACAAUAGUGAAAGUGAAACAAAUCAAACUAGUAUAGGUAGUAAAGCUGACAACGAUUCCGAUUCAGAAGUACAAAUUGUAAGCAUAGAAAUUAAUAAUAAGCACAUAGAUGUCAAUGAUUUGUCAGAUAAUGAUGUUAUAGAUGUAGAUUCAGCUAGAAUAGGCGAGCCAGUAGACAUAGUUGAUUUGAGCGACGACGAUCCGGAGGAUGAUAUUACAGUAUCGGAUUUGGAUUUCGUCAAGAAUGUACCCGACGUAGUCGCUAGCUGUCACAGAAAUGCAAACAAAGGAGAUGGCUCUGAAAAUGUGAUCAGUCAUAUUGAUGCACUUCUAAAUAAUGAUUUAUGAUUUAGAAGUAUUGAUUUACUUUUUGAGUUAAGAUGAUACUGUACAAACAGAUUUGUACAAGCCGUACAAAUCUAUACUGACAAUGAGAUUGUAUAUGCGGAAUACGUAGAACUACUUUAGUAGAUUUUUCAUUUUAUAAAGACAACAAUGGUUGCAAAUACUGGACCAAAAACUAGAUAUUCUUAGGAAACUGCACCGUGGUGCAAUGUUGAUUAUAGCUUUAAUUCCAAUGAUAGGAUUACAAAUUAAUAAAUACAUUUGUUACAAAUUAGUUAUAUAGAAACGCCUUAAUUGUAAUAGGACAUAUAAUUAUUGAUUUAAAAUGUUUAAAAAUUUUAAUGAGGUAC